GUUUUUAUUGGUACUCACAGUUGUAGGAGUGUAGAUAUCUGCUAGUCCUGAAGCAAAAGUCUAUAAUUGUGCUAAUAUUGAAAUGAUAGAAUUGAUUGGUGGUGAUCCAUUACCAAUAGAUACAAGCAAAGAAAGAUAUGUGAGUUUUUAAGGUGAUGUAAGAUUCUCUGUUAAGACUCACAAAUAAACUAUGGAUAGUUUAAAGGAGGGAAAGGAUUAUUUUGGAACUAAUUCAAUUCACUAUAGUUCAAUUUAGAAUGGAGUUUAUAUAUUUGUAGUUGAAAAAUCUCAAGAAAACAUAAUUUAAACAUAUAUCAAAACAAAUUUAAAGAGAUAAUAUAAGUAAGCUUAAAUACCUAAAGCAUUUUAUUUGAAAACAAUAAUAGAAGGAGAUAAAAAAUAUGCAAUACAUUAAAUUGUAAUUAGUGAUAAAUAAGAAAUGAAGAGAGAAUUAUUUAAAGAAGAAAAAGAAACUAUGCAAUCUGUAAUAUUUAUUUAAUAUUAUAGUUUACUGGUUUACAAUUUUCAAAGAAAUGUGUGAUCAUUGUAUUUGCAACAUUGGAAACUGGAACAAAUACUGAUUUUACUGCAGAUGAAUCAUUCUUAUAAGGAAUUUAAGGAAUAUUAGAUGAUAUUAAUAAAGGAAGUAAAUAAAUUUUAAUCAAUAAGAAAAGUGUGAUCAAUUUUAUUGUAAACCACCUUCUAUUACCAAUCUAGCUGAAGCUUUAUCUGAUCUUCCAGUCUUAAAAAUUACAUGCCAAAAGAAAAUGUGUGCAUAUUCUUAAGGAGGAUAAACAAAAGUGCUUUUCACAAAAUGUAUUAUUAUAAUUCUAAAAUAAUCUAGAUCCUUUUUUAUAGACAGAUAAAAAUUUUAGAUCACUUGAAAAAGCAGUAAAUGGUAUGUUAUUGACAACUAUCUCACCUAAAAAUUAAAAGUUUGUUUCUAUUACAGCCUAAUUAGCAAUGAAGUGUAACAUUUAAGAUUUUGAUUUCCAUUCUGGGGGAUAUAGUGGAGCAUUUCAAUCAAUAAAAAUUGGAGAUUAAAAACUUUAUAGUGCAUUAAUUAUAGAACCUGGAUACAAUGGAAUUAAAAGAAAAUUACGUACUUAAACACCUGAAUGUAAUAUUCUAUUAGUAAUUACUAGUAUAUGAUUUAUUAGAAGGAAUUGAGAAGGUUAAGUCUAUAUAUUAUUUUAUGAUCAUCACAAGCAAAGGACCUGAAGAAUUAUUUAAUGAAAUAGUUUCAGUCAUAGAAAAAACUAAAAUUUCAGAUUAAAAGAAAUUUGAAUGCACUCCUAUUCCAAAAGAGGAUGAUAUAUCAUUCAUUUAAUUGAAUUCAAAACUUAAUACUUUAAAACCAUAACAUAAACAAGAUGAAAAUUCUGAAGAAUAUGAAUAUGUUUAUGAAUAUGCUUAUGAUGAAAUUAAUGAUGAUGAACUUGGAGAAUAUGAAUAUAUCUAUGAAUAUCAAUAUGAAGAAGUACCAGAAGAAUUAAAUUAAUAAGAAUUCUAUGAAGAAAUUAAUGAUAUAUAAUCAGAUUCAAUUGAAUUUGAUUAAUCAACAGAUGAUGAUUCAGAUUCAGAAGAUAUUGAAAAUUAAAAUAUUCCAUAAGCUGAUUUAUUAGAGGUUUAAUAAAAUGAAAUGUGUUUCUAUGCAUUUUCAGAAUGUGAUUACUAAGGUGCUUCACUUAAAAUUUGUGGACCUACUCCAAGCAUUCCUAGAGAAUUAUAGAACUUUUUAAUUUAAUCUAUAAAGAUGCCUGAUUAGAUGCGAAUUACAUUCUAUACAAAUUAAUAACAAAAAAUCACAAUUGAAGGAGAUUAAGAAUGUUUGUAGAGACCUUUUGAAAUUGAUUAGAUGAGACCUUAAAGAUAACUGUUGAGUCAUCAAUGA